AUGCUAGACCAUAUCCACUCAACCCUCAGGGUAAGUUUGAAAUAUCUCAAGCUUGCUCCUGGCACAAUCGACUCCUUAACAAAUGCUAUUGCAUGUGUUGCCUAUGGACUUAGAGCAAGUCAUCUCGUAGAUCUUCAUCUUCCAUUAGAUCGCUCUCGGGAUCUUCUCGACAUGUUGAAAAGAAAUCCGGACAGCAAAGACCUUGUCUUGCUCCAGUUUGGAGAUCGAUUUACUUUCUUUGCUAACGUGGUGCGGUUAAGACAACACUACGAGACUACACUGGCAAAAGACACAUCUGCGUAUAUCGACAUACAAGGCAAACAACCUGUACUUCGAGAUUGCCCCAGUCAGCUCACUGAUUGGCUUACCCACAAUCUUAAGCCAUUCUUGGAUAACCGACCACCUCGAGACAUCUUGUUUUUACCAACAGUUCCCACAUGCAUGGUCACCUUGACAGGUUGGGCAUUGGAAUACCCUGUCAUCUACACUUCUCACCAAGAUAGUGACACGCUUGAUUCUGAAUUGGACGAAUGGGAGGUCCGCACAAAUUGUCUCGGUGGGCGUUGCUUAAAUGUCGUCCGUAUCUUGAUAGAUGGCCAUGUCCUUGUCCACAAUAAUGUUGAUGACCAUAAAAAUGAGCAUGCCCUUCGUCCUGCUGCUCAGAAUACCCCAAAACAGGAAACCCAGAUGAUGCUCUUGAGUUUCAGUUAUCCAGCCACGCUCUUGACUAAAGAGCACCAGCUCAAAAUCCAAUCCGAUCUUGACACCAAAAUCAACCAUCGUCUCCAAGACUCUACCACAGCUUGGCUCAAGGCGGCUCAAGUAAAGGUUAUUCGAGAGCAGGUUAAUUUGGACCGAGUUGCACUAUAA